AUGGCGAUCUUCCAUGACAUGAUUGAAGAGUCCAUGGAGGUGUUCAUGGGUGAUUUUCGAUAUUUGUGUCAUUUUAUAGUGAGAAAGGGUAUUGUGCUAGGGCAUAAGAUUUCACAUGUAGGGAUGGAGGUAGAUAAAGCUAAGGUAAAGACCAUUACUAAGUUACCACCCCCUAGCUCGGUUAAGGUUGUUAUGAGUUUCCUUGGUCAUAUAGGCUUUGAGUUACUUAAAGAGAAGCUAACUACAGCCCUUAUUAUGGUUUCACCUAAUUGGGAGCUGCUUUUUGAGCUAAUAUGUCAUGCUAGUGAUUUUGCAGUUGGAGCUGUUUUAGGACAGAGGAUUGACAAUAAGUUCCAACCAAUUUAUUAUGCUAGUAAGAGAUUGAUAGAUGCCCAAGAGCACUAUACCACUACUGAGAAGGAGUUGCUUGCUGUGAUCAAGGAUAAGAAGGGUGCGGAGAACUUGGCCGCAGAUCACCUUUCGAGAUUGGAGAACCCAAGCCUAGAUGCACUUGAUGAGAGGGCGAUUGAUGAUAGCUUUUCGGAUGAGAACUUAUGCUCUAUUCAGGUAUCUUUGGAUGUCCCUUGGCUUUUUGAUUUUGCAAAUUACUUGAUUGUAAAGGUCUUACCAAAGGACCAGGUGAUUCGGCGAUGCGUGUUUGGGGAGGAGAUCCUCCAGAUUUUGAGGCAUUGCCAUGAGGGACCAACAAGAGAUCAUCAAGCAACGAACCACAUUGCUAGGAAGGUUCUUGAUACUGGGUUCUAUUUGCCCACCAUCUUUCGGGAUGCUAGAGAACAACUCUUGUAG